AUGAGUUUACGGGAAAGGUUUACUGCGAUGUCAUAUCUACGUUGGAGGGAGAUACGUAGACGAUGUAUGAGGAGCGCGAGGAUGUUAUGCAUGAGGUUCGACGAGGGAAAAACAUUAUUUGUCUCAUUUCAGAGAGAGAACUGUGACAUAAUUUGUAAUUGCCAUUUGUUCGAGUUUAGGAAAAUUCUUUGUCUCCAUGCAAUUGCAGUUCUUAUUCGUUGUGAUGUCACAUACCUUCUGGAGAGGUACAUAUUACGGAGAUGGAGAAGAGACAUUAGUCGAGUACGCACUAGAGUCGUCGUGAAUUAUGACGGUUUGAUAAGCUCUCCUGAGCAGUGGAGAUAUGAUGAACUGUGUCAUGAGUUUACACAACUGGCUGACCUUGCUGCAGACAACAAAGGGCGGUCGCAUGUUACACUGGAUUGGAUAAAACUUCAGCGCAAAGAUCUUUUGAUGUCGAAAUGGUCGCACAGUGGAAGUAAUGUGAUCGCACAUCAUACUAUUCAAGUAGCCGAUCGGUGUACCGACUCCCAGAAUGACGCCAGCGUGAACAUAAGAGCUCCGAAAUCGUCGCGUAGAAAGGGAGCGCCCGAAAAAUUGAGGAAAAAAGGUCCGCUGGAGUCGAGUUUGAAGAACACAAAGUCAGCAUCAAGCAAAGGAAGGAGACCUACUGGGUGACAUACUGAUAUACAAGAGAGCGCUGUCUACUUUCAUGAAGCUCGGCAGCAAAACUACUCAAUGCAGCCUCCGUCUCCUUGCCUACAAUAUUCAAUGCCAACAACGUUUAUCGUCUCACAGUUUACUGUCGCGAUACCAUUCUCGCAUUCAAGGGUAUUACCAA